GCAGCCCUAAAAUCUCGCGGUGCUUCCAUUCAGACAUCUUGCAUUUGACUAAAUCUGGUCUUGGAGAACAUUUUCAUUAAACACACGCUAGAGAGGCUCAAUUAUUCCAAACAGAAACAGCUUUUAUUUCAGCGGUUAGAAUCCAGACUAGUGUUCCUCCGUUAACGGAUGUGAGGCGGUUGGACCGAGCCUCGCGUGCCAAUCCCGCGGAGUUUAGUCGGUCUCUACCGGGGCUCUCUGCUCUCUGCUCUCUCUCUCUCUCUGUGGCCGUAUUGUGCGUCAUCUCAUCUCCAUCGCUGCCGUUUGGUUAUUUUUCUCCAUUGAGGAAACAUGGCAGCUCCCGCCGCGGUCAACCCGUCCGAGAUGAGCAGUGAGUUGCCAGGGACAGUGGCGAUGCCGGGGGCAGUUGGAGGCGGUCAGGUGAGGAUGGGAGGAACCGUGCCAGGCCGCGGGGGCAAGAGGAGAUCAGGAGGAAUGGACUUCGACGACGAAGACGGAGAGGGUCCUAGCAAAUUUUCAAGGUAUGAUGAUGAUGAUCAGGUUCCUGGUGGGGAUAAGGAUAAGUUCGCCAGAGAGAACCACAGUGAGAUUGAACGGCGUCGGCGCAACAAAAUGACCCAAUACAUCACCGAGCUGUCGGACAUGGUGCCUACCUGCAGUGCCCUGGCCCGGAAACCCGACAAGCUGACGAUCCUGCGUAUGGCUGUCUCCCAUAUGAAAUCCAUGAGGGGCACUGGCAACACGUCUACCGAUGGGGCUUAUAAGCCCUCCUUUCUCACUGAACAGGAACUGAAGCAUCUGAUCCUGGAGGCGGCGGACGGCUUCCUGUUUGUGGUUGCCGCGGAGACGGGACGGGUGAUCUACGUGUCGGACUCGGUGACGCCGGUGCUGAACCACCCCCAGGGGGAGUGGUUCGGCAGCACCCUGUACGAGCAGGUCCACCCCGACGACGUGGACAAGCUGAGGGAACAGCUCAGUACUACAGAAAACUCCAUGACAGGACGGAUUCUGGAUCUGAAGACAGGAACAGUGAAGAAGGAGGGACAGCAGUCCUCCAUGAGAAUGUGCAUGGGCUCCCGGCGGUCCUUCAUCUGCCGCAUGAGGUGCGGUAGUGCUCCUCUGGAUCACAUCUCCCUAAACCGUCUGUCUAACAUGAGGAAGAGAUACAGGAAUGGCCUCGGACCCUCAAAAGAAGGAGAGGCUCAGUACUCGGUGGUGCAUUGCACUGGCUACAUCAAAGCGUGGCCCCCUGCAGGUAUGACUAUACCAGAAGAAGACACGGAGGCAGGUCAGACCGGAAAAUACUGCUUAGUGGCCAUCGGAAGACUGCAGGUGACCAGCUCUCCGGUCUCUAUGGAUAUGAACGGCCUGUCUGUGCCCACAGAGUUCCUGUCGCGUCACAACUCGGAUGGUGUCAUCACUUUCGUCGACCCGCGCUGCAUCAACGUCAUCGGAUAUCAGCCUCAGGACCUGCUGGGGAAAGAUAUCCUGGAGUUCUGCCAUCCUGAGGACCAGAGUCACCUGAGAGAAAGUUUCCAACAGGUGGUGAAGUUGAAGGGCCAGGUUCUGUCUGUGAUGUAUCGCUUCCGAAUGAAGAACAGGGAGUGGAUGCUGAUCCGAACCAGCAGCUUCACUUUCCAGAACCCAUACUCUGAUGAGAUAGAGUACAUCAUCUGCACCAACACCAACGUCAAGCAGCUACAGCAGCAGCAGCAGGCAGAGCUGGAGGUUCACCAGAGAGAUGGACUGACUGCAUACGAUCUUUCCCAGGUGCCUGUGGCCAGCGUCAGCAGCGGGGUCCACGAGGCAGCGAAGAACAUCGACAAGACAGAAGUCCUGUUCUCCCAGGAGAGAGACCCACGCUUUGCUGAGAUGUACACUGGCAUCUCUGGCUCGGGAGAUAAGAAGAUGAUGGUUCCUUCCUCUACAGCUGGAGGACAGCAGCUGUACUCACAGAGCUCUCCCUUCCAGCAGGGGCACUCUGGCAAAAGCUUUAGCUCCUCUGUGAUCCACGUCCCCGGUGUGAACGACAUCCAGCCAUCAGGCUCAUCCAAUCAGAACCUAGCUCAGAUCUCCAGACAGCUCAAUCCAGGCCAGGUGGCAUGGUCAGGCAACCGACCCCCCUUCUCUGGACAGUCCAGUAAAGCCCAGUCCAGUCCAUUUGGUAUUGGUUCUGGUCACAGCUAUCAGACCGACCCGGCAUCCUACAGUCCCCUGUCGUCCCCGGCCACUUCCUCCCCCAGCGGCAACGCCUACUCAGGACUGACAAACCGCAGCACAGCUUUUGAUGUGUCGGGGGAGAGCAGUCAGAGUGGAGCCCAGUUCCAGGGUCGUCCCAGUGAGGUCUGGUCCCAGUGGCAGAACCAGCAUCACUCCCAGCAGGCCGGGGAACAGCACACACACCCCAACCCCAGCCAGACAGAAGUCUUCCAGGACAUGUUACCCAUGGCUGGAGAUCCCACCCAGGGAACAGCCAACUACAACAUUGAGGACUUCGCUGACCUCGGCAUGUUCCCACCCUUCUCUGAGUAAUACCCCCCCCCCCUCCCUUUCUCCUCCCCUCUCCCUCUCAGAACUGGACUGAUGUUUGCGUUCAUCUGUCAUGUUGUCUCAUUUUUCUAUAUUGCUGGAUCACCAUCACACAGCUGACGUGCAGCACGGUGAAUGUCUGGGUGCACUCGUCAUUCGCACACACACAAACACACAGUUCCCUAAUGCGUGGGCUCCAACGCCUGCAAUAUGUAUCUGUGAACAUACACAUACCUCAUGUUUGCACAGAGGAACCCCCGCCGACAGAUGGAGGGCACAUCAAUCAGGCCGGUAUCUGCACUUUGUGUCUGUGGUCACAUUGAGAGACCAACGGUGCCGUCUGUUUGGCUCCCUGCAGUCAGCGGCAGCACGGCCAGAGGAGGUCAGUCAGGUGGUCAGAGACGAGGAUCAGGAUUAUUAUAUAAGAUUUUACAUUUCCUCUUUCAGAAGUUUCCACCAAAAUUGUCCUCAUGCAACAUCCAACAUAAAAUGUACGACUGUGCCAAUUGCACAUAUGCUACACCCAAUGAUGUACGGAGCUGCAUGCGUGGCUGCUGUCAUCUGCAUCCACACCUGUUGGAGUAUAUAUCCCGUCUCCUUAUCAGGACGGAAUGAUGACAAAAAAACAGAGGAAGGUUUUUGUAGUUACUUCUGCUCUCAGCGACAAAGGGAGAAGCUCUGUCGUGCAGUGAGCUCCUCACCUGCUACAUAGCAUUAACACAGCCGGUGCAGUCCACGUCGCCUGUGAUCACCAGCACAACUAGUCCCUCAACAGGGUGGACACAAAGUACCGUCUUAAUGUCCGAGCACAGAUUUCAUUAUUUCCUAGUUGUUUAAUGCAAACCUUUUGAUAUGAUUCAUGUUGUUGGACAACCGAAGCACGCUGCAGUAAACUGAACCUAAAUAUUCAUUUAUCGACUUAACAGGAAAUAUUGUAUCAGAUCAUUUAACAGUUCAGUCUUAGUGGUGUUGAUGUGGAGUUGACUCUGAGUUCUACUGCACAGAAGCUUCACAUUUCAUUUAACUGUAAAAGCAACAAGUACAACCAUGGUAGUUAAUCAUAUCUUAUGUGUACUACUCCAGACAAGUUGCCCAAAGUUUUCAGAGAUCUCAGUGCUAGAUUGUGAUAGUUACUGAGGAAAAAACAUUGGCUUACUUUGUGCACAUUGAAAAUUGCUUUUUUUGUUGUAAAAGAAGACAUUGAGAGAACAGGCCCUGUACCUCUCUGUCUAUAGAGCUAAGGGUGAGAGAGCAGCACAUCCUCACACGCUGCUGGAGGUCCCACACAGCAACACUUGUGUUGCAUUCACACCAAGAGACAAGCACAUUUUCGCCUCGCUUUACUUGUGCGAGUUGGACCGCCGGUAUCAUUCUUGUUCAUUCGCGCUAGACACGCCAGAGAGGAGGAGGAGGAGGAGGAGGAGGAACUUGUCUCCAUAGAUACCAACAACCUUUUCUUUCCUCCAUUUCCUCCAUCAACCGUUGAAGAAAUAACCACUGUUGCUGCCUAGUACAUGUUGUUGAAGUCCCAGAUAUGUCAGAAAACGCAACGUCGUCGUGUCUGGGUUCAUAACGUCACCCGGUGGUGAGCUAUAUUUACAUACAGCGCCAUUGAACUGACUGUAUCUAGCAAGCUACACGUCCCUACUGCGGUGUGAACCCAAAAUAAACAGAUUGUGCUGUGAUUUAAUCGCAAUAAACGGAUCAAAAUGAUGCCGAAAUAACGACAUAAUGAUGCCGAUUUGUAAAAAGUCUGAAUUCAUGCUUUGUUCUUGCCGCAA